UGGAAACGUAUAUAAACUGUAGCAUUUAAAUUAUGUCACCACUUGAGCACAGCCAAAUCCGUGCAAAAUGAGGGCAUACAGCGUUAUUUCUUUAUUUGUUGUUUCAGUAAUUGUCCUCGCUGAGGGGCGACGUCAUCACCCUUACGGUCACUGGAGGAGUAUAUCCAUGCACGGUUUUGGUACAGGAACCGUAAACGCCGAUCCCCUGGACGUAGACUUCAUGGGCAUGCCCGUCACCCUCGGAGGUAAAGGCCAAGGAGACAUCAAAGGAGCGAUGGCCAUCGCCAUACCCGCGGCGGGCGGCUUGGAGAAAUACUUCGGCCCCAACGGCGCCGCCAAGGACCUCUCCAACGAUCCCGAAUUCUACGCCAGCUACCCCAAAUGGAUGAAGCACCACUCCAGGUACAUCGCCGCCGAGAACGUGUACGGAAUCAGACCGCUCGACAACAUCCACCACGACACCAAAGGAGAGACCGUGUUGAUCGACACCCGCAGUCGCAAACAUGGAGGUACUGUGACAACCAAAACCAAGCCGCUUAACCCUUUGGAAAUUUUGAAACCAGGAGGCGCGCAUGGUGCUAUGUUUUUGUUACCCCUGCACGUUGUUCAUUGAAUUAACCGCUUAUUCUUGCAAUAAAUAUAAUUUACAUGCUGGCAUAUCUACUAUC